ACUUAAAUCCGUUAGCCCCUAUAGUUUUACUGAGGGAGUACCUUGUCCUCAACCUCAGUUCCCCUUCCCUCUAGGAGCUUAGCGCAAUGGCGUCCUCGAGCAGCAGCGGUCCUAUCUUCAAGCUCCACCCUCUGGUGAUCGUCAACAUCUCUGAUCAUUAUACCCGUGUUAAAGCUCAGAGCCAGCACUCUGUCCCCCCAAGAGCGGCCUCUUCAUCAGCUACGGCCUCCAAUGGCAGUGCGGCGCCCCGCGUUUUUGGCUGCGUAAUCGGCGUACAGCGUGGCCGCACUGUCGAGAUCUUUAACAGCUUUGAAAUGAUUUUAGAUCCUGUUUCCCAUACCCUGGACCGCGCCUUCCUUGAGAAGAAGCAAGAGCUCUAUAAGAAGGUUUUUCCAAACUUUUAUAUUCUGGGCUGGUAUUCAACCGGCUGUGAUGCGGAGGAGUCCGAUAUGCAGAUUCAUAAGGCGUUAAUGGAUAUCAAUGAAAGUCCUGUUUAUGUUCUUUUAAAUCCUUCAAUAAGCCAUGCUAAGAAGGAUCUUCCAGUAACCAUCUUUGAAACUGAACUGCAUGUCAUUGAUGGUAUUCCUCAGCUGAUCUUUGUGCGAUCAAAUUAUGUCAUUGAGACUGUAGAGGCGGAACGAAUUUCAGUUGAUCAUGUAGCUCACCUCAAACCAUCUGAUGGAGGCUCUGCUGCUACGCAACUGGCGGCCCACCUUACUGGUAUACAUAGUGCCAUCAAAAUGCUAAACAGUAGGAUCAGGAUAGUUCAUCAAUAUCUUCUUGCAAUGGAAAGAGGCGAUGUUCCCUUUGAUAAUUCAUUGCUGAGGCAAGCGUCAAGUCUACUAAGAAGGCUGCCAGCCAUGGAAUCAGAAAAAUUUCAGGAUGAUUUCUUGAUGGAAUUCAAUGACACACUUCUUAUAACCUACCUAGCCAUGUUUACCAAUUGUGCAAGCACCAUGAACGAACUGGUUGAAAAGUUCAAUACCACUUAUGAUCGGCACAGCAGAAGAGGAGGAAGGGCUUCAUUCAUUUAAUUCAGCAAAAUUCUAUAUACAUCAUUUUCUUCAAAGCUUGAUCACCACAUGCACUUUGUAGUUAGAAUGUAGAGUGAGAUUGGCUUUAUUUCCUGGAAGUAUGUUAAGCUUUCAGAAAGAAAAUAUUUUCUCAUUUCAGCCAAUAUCCUUUUUAGGUAUGGUAAUUUUGCUUUACAAUUUCUCUGAUUUUUCUCUUAUGUUAACAGUUUAAAAAA